UUCGGUUGUUUAGAGGUCACAUGACCGCGGCGGGGCUUUUCUUGUGCGCGGCGGGUGGCACUUUGGUGGACGUCGGAGUCGGCCGGUAUCCACUUCUUCCACGCAGAUCUCCAACGGACGCAAAAUCUGCAACGAUUCAGAAGAGCGACGAUGAAGAGCCGAACAGGAGCAUCGUCAGAAGCGGCUGAUCGACCGCGGCUGAUCUCGCGGUCAAUCGCAGAGCUGUCGGCGAUUGCGAACGAGUACGACUUUGAUCCGGCGCUGCGGUUGCGGUACUGGAUCAGGUCUGCGAGCACGCUUGAGCGGCAGGCGAGGAUUUAUGACGACGAAAAGGUCUACGAUGAGGCGUAUAUUCUGUAUAUGCGGUAUGCGCAGCUGGUGCUGAAUAGUCUGCACACGCAUCCGGAGGCGCGGCGGAUUCCGGAGAAGGUGUUGCUUGUGAAGCUGACGAAGGUGAGUGUGAAACGAUGACUAGAAGGCUUGUGAGAGGAAAUGCUGAUGUUUGUUUUUAGUCGCUUCCGAGGGUGCUGGAACGGUUGCAGGAGUUGAAGCCGCUGAUAGAGGAGGCGCAUGGGAUGUAUGUAGAGCGACAGCAGGCGAUUGAGAGCCGGCGACAGGAGCUGGAGGCCGAGCGAAGGAGACAUAGCGAGCAGGGAGGUGAGGAGGAGUAUGCGAGACAAGAGGUGUCGUAUGAUAUGAGUGGGCUGGGAGUGAGUGAGCAUCCCGAGAUUCUGGGUAACAAGGCUGAGGUGGAGGUGGAUGUCAGACGGGGGCCGGAGGAGGAGUAUCCGAAGAUUCCGAGUCUGUACGGCGGGAUUGGACUG